UGUUGUUGCCACAGAGACGAGAUGCGACUGUAGACAAGAGGUGGGGCCGAGGAACAUGAUGUGACCCUGCAGUUUACUGUCGUAUUGAGGCUCCCACACCGGGGACAGAAGCAGGAGGAAAGAGUCAGACACAGGAGGAGGAGGAGGAGGAGGAGGACAGAGAAAACUUCAGAGCCGGCAGAACAAACAACUGUCAUGAAAGGGAACAGCAACCAGGACAGGAAGCUGAGUCAACGCCCGACUCCCACAAAUGGACUUCUCUAAACUCUGACUCUUCUGCAGCUUCUCGGCUGUGUCUCUGCUUCAACUCAUUCCAGUCAUAGUGUCUCAUACUGCCUAUAAUAAAAUCGUCCGGUGUCUAACCAUGUUUAAGAGCGAUCGCCUUGCAGUUCCGAGCUAUGUGAAUAGCAUGUGCUGGUGGCAGACGUCGGGGGGAACGGGCACAAACGAUGUAUCCCCAGGGAUCAGUGAGGAUGCACAGACAUCAUUGGAUAAAGUCCUACCUGACCUCCAUCUCACCAUUUCCAACCUGAAGCAGGCGGUGGAUGAUCAGAGUAUUCGCAACAAUAUGGCAGAUAUUUUCCAAAUGGUUGAGGAGGCUUGGGUGAUGCCGGCAGUUGGCAGAGAAGUUGCUCAGGGCUUGUGUGAAACCAUAAGGCUGGAGGGGGCAUUGGACCGGCUCCUCUCACUUCUUCAGUCUUCAGAGGCAUCAGUGAGAUAUCAGGCUUGUCAGCUCCUCGAACAGGUUCUUGUGGCAGAAAACAGAGAUCGCAUUGCCCGAGUUGGACUGGGUGUGAUUCUGAACCUGACUCAAGACAAGGAAGACCCACAACUGGCGCGCAGCCUCUCUGGCAUCCUGCAGCACAUGUUCAAACAUACAGAGGAGACGUGCAACCAGCUUAUUUAUGAUGGAGGCCUGGACUACAUCCUCUUUUGGUGCCGCUGUACUGACCCAGUGGUGUUGCGGCACUGCGCUGUGGCUUUGGCCAACUGUGCUAUGUAUAGUGGACCCUGUAACCAGCACCUCAUGAUUGAAAAGAGAGCAGCAGAAUGGCUUUUCCCUCUGGCCUUUUCCAAGGAGGAUGAUCUGAUCCGGUUCCACGCCUGUCUUGCUAUCACUGUGUUGGCAACAAACAAAGAAAUUGAAAAGGAUGUGGAAAGGUCUGGCACAUUGGCAUUAGUAGAACCAUUCAUCUCUUCUCUGGAUCCCCAGGAAUUCGCCCGUUUCCUUCUGGAUAGUAGUGAUAACACUCAAGGUCGUACGGGUGAUGAUCUUCAGAGACUUGUGCCCUUGCUUGACAGCUCUCGAUUAGAGGCACAGUGCAUUGCUGCAUUUUACUUGUGUGUUGAAGUAUCAAUAAAGUGUCAACAGAAGAACAUAAAGCUGUUCAAUGAAAUUGGUGCAACACAAAGCCUAAGGAGGAUAGUAUGUUACUGCACAGAUGGCACAGUAUCUUCUCUGGCUAAAAAGGCCCUGCACAUGAUGGGAGAAGAGGUUCCUCGUCGCAUUGCACGCUCAGUCCCUAACUGGAAACCACUUGAGGUGCAACACUGGCUUCAGCAGAUUGGAUUUAGCAGCUAUUCAGAGAAGUUUAUGGACAAUCAGAUUGAUGGUGAUCUACUCUUAAGACUUACAGAAUCAGAGCUAAGUGAUGAUAUAAAUAUGAUUUCCAGCAUCACCAGGAAACGGUUUAUGCGAGAGCUAGUAGAACUGAAGACAUUUGCCAACUACUCAAUGUGUGAUCGCAGCAAUCUAGCAGACUGGCUGGGCAGCGUGGAUCCUCGAUUCAGGCAGUACACAUACAACUUAGUCACCUCCGGCAUUGACCGUAACUUCCUACACCACGUUACAGAGCAGCAGUUAGAACAGGACUGUCAUAUAUCAGUAGGAUUUCACCGAGUUCGGAUCCUUUCUGCAGCAAGAGAGAUGCUGCAUUCUCCUCUGCCUUGCAGUGUGGGCAAAUCUAGUGCUGAUGGACCUGAUGUUUUUAUCAGUUACAGAAGAAGCACCGGAUCACAGCUGGCCAGCCUUUUGAAAGUGCAUCUGUAUCUACAUGGCUUCAAUACAUUUAUCGAUGUGGAAAAACUGGAGGCAGGAAAAUUUGAGGACAAAUUGAUCCAUAGUGUGGUCAGUGCCAGAAAUUUUGUCUUGAUCUUAUCAGCUGGAGCUUUGGACAAGUGCAUGGGGGACAAUGACCUCAAGGAUUGGGUGCACAAGGAAAUCGUCACGGCUUUAGACAACAGUAAGAACAUUAUCCCGGUCACAGAUCACUUUGAAUGGCCAGACCCAAUGACCCUACCAGAAGACAUGAGAGCAGUCUUGAAAUUUAAUGGCAUUAAAUGGUCCCAUGAGUAUCAGGAUGCUACCAUUGAGAAGAUUAUUCGCUUCCUCCAAGAUCGCUCAUCUCGGGAUUCUUCAGCUGGCUCUGAAAAUAGCCUGGAUGGCACAUCAUCUCUUGCCCAAACAUAAAUGCAUAUCAUUGGUGUGAACCUGCUGUGCUUGCGGUUUUUCCUUUGUCUUUCUUUUUUAUUCUUUAGCCAUAUGGAUAUGAACCCACUGAAGUAUCUCAUAAUUCUUGUGGCUUUUUUUUGCCUUCCUAAGAGCUUUAACUUUCUCAGGAGAUCAAAGGGAAGCUAUUUUGUGCUUUUAGUGGUUACUGUAAGGAUAGUAUAACUCUGAUCGGUUAUGUUACAUUGCUUACAAGCCUGAGAGGACGUUCCCGUAUCUGAUAUAGUCUGAAUAGCUGUUUGCAAUCUAAAUUCAGCCUACAGGGGUUUAACACAGUACUUUAUCGUAAGAGUUCAGCGAAAGGAUACAAACUACAACCACAGCUUUACUUUGUCAUCUAUGAAUAUGGGCUGAGAAGUUUUCAAGGUUGCUAUAUUUAAGUAACCUUAAAAGCAUAUAUUACGUUUGCUGUCUUGCUGAACAUUGAACCUUACAUCACCAAGCAACUGUGAGAUGUCGCAGAAUGCUAAACUGAACAAUGAAAUCCAAUCUAUCCAGGGAAUCCAGAUUGCAUAAUCACAACCGGGCUUAUUCUACAACACAUAGCAAUAAGUCUUUGGUCUUUGUUUUUGGUUUGAGGAUCAUGAUUCAUCAUAUUACAAGUAGGUAUAGCGACAACUGAACCUCUGCCACUGAAAGGAGCAAACACAUGACGGAAUGGCAGCAGUUUACUGAAAUCCACCCAGUCAACAUCAAGUGGAACUCGCUCUCUAAAUGAUCUCUAAGAGAGAAUGUAUGUGACAGAAUAUGGAAUACGGGACUUGAAAUAAAAACCAUAAAACCAUUUAAAACCAUUCUCAACAGUAUACUUGCAGUAACGGUUCCCAGCUGUGUUUUCACCGAUGUUUUCAAUUAUGGAGCCCUGUGAUGCAAGUACAGAGUACAAGAAGUGUAAAUCAUUUAGAUCCUUGCUAAUAGUACUUAGAUAUAUUAAAAAUAAAUAUUGUGUUAGAUCCUAUAUGUUAUGCCAGUGGCCCUAGAAAACGAUGAGUAGUGUCGGACUGGGACACCAGGGGCCCACCCAAAAACCUUUGACUAGGGGCCCACCAAUUAAUCUUAGACCAG